UCGUGUUGUUGAUGUUUGUGUAUGUGUGUGUGUGUGUGUGUGUAUGUGUGCGCGCGCGCGAAUUUCUCGUAGACCUUGAACACCCCAAAUACUUAUGGUUUGACAGUUGAAUGGUAGUUGGCGCGUUAACACACACACAAUGACCAGUUGGACAGACAUGAUGUGCAAGAUGUUUAUGUUGUUUUCUAUCCUUCUCCUCAGGAUUGAUUUCAGUUUUGGGGCAUGGAGAUACAGUAAUAAUAUGAACGAUGAAGAUUUUUUCACCAUAUCAGAUAGAGUAUUCCUCAGGUAUACUCAAGAUGACUUUGUUGAGUGGUUGUACCCUGAGAGCUGUAGUUUGAACAACAAAAGCUCCCCAAUGGGAAUCAUGACAUGCAUGACCGAUGGCCUGAAAAGAGUAAAGCCACUGGUGACUGGGGAGGAGGAGGACACCAGAUUUCUCUACAUCAAAGAUUCCGUCUUCAGUUUUGCUUGGUACGCUGUAAUGCCUACACAAAGAAAUUCCACAGGCACAUUCCUCAAGACAGUGAGAAUGUGGAUCUUUGCCCCAGAGAAAGCAGCCGCGUCUGAAAUCGACAACAAAGCACUUCAACCUACAACGCUAUCUCGAUACUUGACCAAGCAGUUCUUCAACCUGGGCCAGUACCCAGAGAUCACACUGGCAUCCAGGGAAACUAUCCAGGGAAAUUUCCACGAGGAUGGAUACUGGGAAGCGGAUGUCCCUGGCAACAGGAAAUACUACAGCUUCUUCAUAAACGCUCAGCCAAUUAACUUCCAGCAUCGCUUCAUCAUAUCUAGCCAGUAUACCUUUUUUUGGUUAGAAGAGGAGAGGCCUUACAGUGGACAAGAAGUGUCCUUACGACUGGCCCCAGGCAGCUACAUGGCUUUGUUGAGGGGCACUUGUAAGUCAUAUCGUAGCAUUCUCCUGACACAACUUGGCUGCUACUUCACGCAGGAUGGCUUCAGAAGUUAUGUGGAACUGAAGGUGGAGCCAGGUUUGGUGCCUGUGCCGCCCGAGGGCUACUUCACUGUGGAACAAAGUGCCGUGCUAGAGGACGGCAUCCUCUUCCUUAUAAACGGCACCCUCUACUGGCGGGACAUGCAUCAGCGUACAUUGACCUCACACCCCAGGUUGUCCCUCAAGUCCGUGAAGGGGAUGUACCAGAGGACCAGUUGUGUAAACUACUACCCCUUGCAGGACAUGGAACUGGGAACGUUGCUUGCAUGGGAGGACCAUAGGCUACUCAUGGGCUCUGACCCCUUCGAAGGAAGCCAGAGCAGAUAUUUUCAGCCGUUGCUGGCGCUGCCUCCUGAUACCACCAUCCUGACAGCCUCCUUUGGUUCCCAGCCAGUCACGUUAGCCUGUCUGGUGAUAAACACCUCCCCCGGUUCCCCUUCACAGCCCUCUCUCCUCAUCUACAACCUGGUGGACAAGGUCUGGAAGACCAGUACCUUCCUGACCAAAUUCAAGGAGGGCGAACACCCGGUCGGACCUUUUCAUAUGCACUUCCUGGAAUCCGCUAUGAACGCGCUGCUACUGUGGAACGAUCACACCAUCAUCUACAGCUUCAGGAACAACAAUGACUGGGGCGAGUUACUCCUCACCAAUGGCAACAACGUGAACGUGGCUUCGGGGGGGGAAAAGAUACACCAGGUGAUCCUAGACGAGAAAUGGAACAUGUUGGUGAAAAUGGAGAACAACAUGCUCUAUUACUGUAAAGUGGGUAUGCCUGAGCUGGUGUCUUUACAUGCCUGGAGAAGGCCGAACACAAGCAAUGUGAUCUACUUGAACCAGAAGGACCAGUUCAUCCCAAUUGUCCAGACACCAGAUGGGGAACUGCACAAACAGAUGUACCCGUUACUUAUGGAAACUCAGAGCUCUAUGCACAUGACGCACCACAGCUGCCCUUUCAUCACCUUCAAGAACAGUAUGACUGCACUGGCAUACUACAUGGACAAAGGAGACACAAUUACAAUUUGGGCCCAGAUUGUCUAUAGAGAGGGACAAGGGGUUUAUGUGAUGUUGCUGACCAACAACAAGCAUUUGUUGGUCAUCUACCAGAGGUCCCACUCUAAAAUGAUGCCAGAAGUCGGCACUAUUAACACGACUAUCACAAUCAGUCAGAAAGUGGACUACGAAAAUGUCGAGAGAUACUCGGAUCUGAUUGAACAGACCACUGGUGUUAUGACCUUAGAGCUGCUUCCCAACCAGAUUGGCAACACUUGUACCAUGCUCGCUAACCGGGUAUCCCAUAUUCAUGUUGGCUGCCCACCAAAGAGACACAUCCGAGUUGCACGGCCUUGGGGCAUGACUUGUGAGAUGAACACCCUCAAAAACUACACUAUUCCAAGAGAUGUACUGGGGAACCACUCUAAGGAUUUUUUAAGAGAGGAUUUGGUGGUGGAAUACGACUGGGAGAAAUUUGGAUGUCUUCUCAAACUACACUACAGUACUGAAUUUAAUCCCCACUUAGACCUGUACGAUGGGAAUACUUUCAUCAAAAGUGUGGAUGCCAACUACAUUAUCUGGGAGAUCUUUGGACGGAAUGACUAUUCCUUCAAUGAGACCAUGCGACAGAUGAAUUGUCUGUCUGAGGCCCAGACCUGGACGUCCAAGCUGACUGGGGGCAAGAGUCCGGAGACAGCCUGGGGCCCUGAGAACUACAGGAGCUGUUUUACGGUGGUGCCUGACCAGCUGGGAGACCUGGACCAGCCUUACGAGAUCCUGAACCGGAGUUCUGGGAACUACCUGACCUUCUCACAAGUGGACAGUGCCAUCUAUGUGUUCCGGGUGAAAAUAUUGGACCCCAAUUACAGCUUCUGUGAUCUGACUGCUGUGUUCGCUGUCCAGACAUUUGGCAUUAGCCGUCCGAAGUAUGAAUAUCUAACUGUGUAUGUGGCUUUGAUUUUCGCCUUCCUCUCUCUCUGCAUACUGGGCUACAGUUACUGUCGAUAUGUCCAAAUCUUCCGUAAAGUCCUUGCUGCUAGAAAGAUGAAAGACGAAUAAGUAAUGCAUAUAUUAUAACAUGUUUCAUAUAAAGAUUAGUUCCAAGUUUUUUUCUUUGAUGCAGUUGCACUUUCAGAUUCCUUGUAGUUGAAUAAAAAUGUAUAUUCAUGCACUUAAGUAUUUCUAUUGAGUCUACUUGAAUGUAACAUUUGAGAGUGGACGUGGUGUGGCAUUAUU